UUUUAGCCAGAUUCAGCAAGUUGCUCUAAAAUAAUGAAAAUUCAUACUAAAUUAAAAUCUGCUCAAUAUUUUUUGGCCAGAAUGGACUUCCAAAUGUUCUCCCUGGCGAUGUUGCUACUGGCCGGUGUGGAGCAGAGCCUGGCCUCCUGCAUGGUGGACAGCUUCACUGUGAAAGCCGACUUUGACCAAGCAAGAUAUGCAGGAAAGUGGUACGCUCUGCAGAAGAAGGACCCUGAGGGUUUGUUCCUGCAGGACAACAUCUCUGCUGAGUACACCAUCGGAGAAGAUGGAGCCAUGGUCGCCGCCUCCAAGGGCAGAGUUACUCUCUUUGGGUUCUGGGUGGUGUGCGCCGACAUGGCCGCUCAGUACUCCGUGCCCGACCCCGCGUCCCCCGGCAAGAUGUUCAUGAACUACCAGGGCCUGGCCAGCUACCUUUCCAGCGGAGGUGACAACUACUGGGUCAUUGACACAGACUACGAGAACUACGCCCUCACCUACGCCUGCCGCACCCUGAAGGACGAUGGAAGCUGCGACGACGGAUACUCCCUGCUCUUCUCCCGCAACCCCCGCGGCCUCCCCCCCGCCAUCCAGAGGGUCGUCCGCCAAAAACAGGAGGAAAUCUGCUUGGUCGGCGAGUUUCAGCCUGUGCUGCAGACUGGAGCCUGCUAAACUUCUUCUUCUGGAGUUUCUGUAUAUACCGGAUGAUCAUCCUGCCCAAAAUGAAGACAUAGCCCUUCUCAAAGAAAGAAUAAUAAUGAUGUUAUGCUUAUG